GCUGGAGCAGAUGGCGUGCUUUGACUGCCGAGCUGCAGAGUGCACAGUAGAGGCCGACAGGAUCCUCGUGGAGCAGCAAGUCCAGAACCUUUUUAGGUCGGUUCUCGGCGAACGAGAAGUUGUGGCUCUGCCGACAACAUCCACCGGAACAGAGGAGAGUGUGGCUUAUGCCCAGAGUGACGAUGAAGCCCUGGACGCUUUCAACAGCUACAUUCGCGGCCCUCUCCGCUCUGCCGUCAUGGAAUGUGUGGGAGACCAGCUGUAUGUGCCCUACAACAUGUGUCUGGUAGCGUCUCUGCCCAUGAUCUUCUAUUCUGCGACGGACAUUCUCCAAUGCGAUGCUACAUGCAUGUCCAACAUGGGAUACUCAUCCUUUGGCAAUUACGUCUUGCCGAUACUCUUGAGCUGGAUCUCCACAAUCGUUUUGGUCGUUCCCAUCUUCUAUGCAGUUUUUCUUCGGCUGCUGAAGCGCACCUUUUCUGUCCACUCGGAGCUGCUGCAGCUCCUUCUGGCAGCUCUUAGUGGCAUCUUGACAGUCAGCUACGGCUUCCUUUGCGCUGCUCUGCUCUUCGGACUUCUUGCGGUAAUCAACAAAGAAGGAGCCAUGGCCUUCUUACCUCUUCUCGUGAUUCUGGUAUUUCUGCUUAUGCAGCUGCGAUGCCUCUUCGGUACCGAUC